CGUGACCCUGUUCAGUAGCAGUUUCGGCAAAUGCAUUGACAGCUAGAGUUGAACUGUAACGUGUUUCGACAUGUAACAACAAUACAGUCCUUGACUACAAGAGUGAUUGUAAACACAACUCACAUUACAGACGUUAUUUAUUUUAUUUUUUUGUUUUGUUUAAAACUGCAAAGAGCGGUAUGGAUCAUCACUUUGACGCAUGCCCGAAUCCCAGUGUGUGUCCUCUCCAUGGCUAUCCUUCAUGGUCUUCUGGGACGUUUUCCCAUGAGGACGUCUUAAUGGGAGGCAGAGGAGCUGCCGCAAGCACGGCGGACAGUUAUGGACAUGACACAACCAGCGUAAGCCGCAUGUCGUUGAUGGACGCGGGAACAGGAAGUGCGACUGUCUCGCCAAUAUUAAGAAGUCUUUUGCAGCCAGACCAAGGCAGCGCUUUAGAAAGAAGACAUGGCACAGUGAGUCGCCAGUGCGGAUCGACGGCCGAGCCACAUCAAGCGGUGAGAGAUCGCCGCGAUGCAGUGAUGUGGGGCGGGAGCAUGAUUGGGGAAGAAGAGAUGAUGAUGGGCAGUGGACACCCACUAGCAUACGAGGGCUCUGACUAUAUGGCUGAAGUUCCUGGGGUUAGCGGCUACAUGGCUGACCAACCAUUAGCUCCCCAGCAACCCAUUAUCAGCCCUGAAGCAGUUAGACAUCUCAGCGGCCUAGGCACUGGAAUGGAUGCCACUGGUGCUGGCGAUGGUGGGGCACAGCUGCCGCAGGAUCUGUACCAAAUGAUGAGCUCCCUGACUACAUGCCCUGACCACCGUUCUUCAUUGCCUUCUGAGGCCGCCAUUGCUAAUCCGCUCUUUCCAUCCGAGGAACCCGAUCUCCUGGACUUGGACUCCAUCAGACGGGAUGACCUCAUCGGAGCCGUCGCAGCGGUGGACCUGCCAUCCAGCGAGAGCGACGAGUUCGCAUCCUUUUCGGAUCACCUCCUGUCUGAUUUAGACACGGCCCAGGACACACAGCUGCUACGCGGACCCCAGGAUCAGCCGUUUGACCCGGCCAGAGCGGGACCUUCUUCUGAACAAGGCACUCAAGCCGUCAAGCCCAGGAGGCGACGUCCCAGAAUAUCGUACGAAUCCUUAACGGAGGACGAGAAGUACGUCCAUAUUCGAGAUAUCAACAAUGAAGCUUCUAGAACAUACCGCCGAAAAUACCGACAGUCUGUGACGAAGUUGCAAGCAGAGGAGAAGGUACUUCUGGAGGCGAACCGCGCUUUACGAGUCAAGGAAAAGGCUUUGCGCGACCUGAUGAAGCACAUGCAGAGCCUGGAAGGGAUCAUGAAGCAGAAAACAUCAGACCCUCACAACCCCGCCAAAUAGUGUACGACUGGACACCUCAAGGUUAUAUAUAAUAAAGAGCUA